UCGGGAUGCCCCAACUCUCCGGGGCAGGCGGCGGCGGUGGGGGGGACCCGGAACUCUGCGCCACGGACGAGAUGAUCCCCUUCAAAGACGAGGGCGAUCCCCAGAAGGAGAAGAUUUUCGCCGAGAUCAGUCACCCUGAAGAGGAAGGUGACUUAGCCGACAUCAAGUCUUCCUUGGUUAACGAAUCCGAAAUCAUCCCGGCGAGCAACGGCCACGAGGUGGCCAGACAAGCACAAACCUCUCAGGACUCCUACCACGACAAGGCCAGAGAACACCCUGAUGACGGAAAGCAUCCAGAUGGAGGACUCUACAACAAGGGACCCUCUUACUCGAGUUAUUCUGGGUACAUAAUGAUGCCAAACAUGAAUAAUGACCCAUACAUGUCCAAUGGAUCUCUUUCUCCGCCCAUCCCGAGAACAUCAAAUAAAGUGCCCGUGGUGCAGCCAUCCCACGCAGUCCAUCCUCUCACCCCCCUCAUCACUUACAGCGAUGAGCACUUUUCUCCAGGAUCACACCCGUCACACAUCCCAUCGGAUGUCAGCUCCAAACAAGGCAUGUCCAGACAUCCUCCAGCUCCCGAGAUCCCUACCUUCUAUCCCCUGUCUCCGGGUGGUGUUGGACAGAUUACCCCACCUCUUGGCUGGCAAGGUCAGCCUGUAUAUCCCGUCACGGGAGGCUUCAGGCAACCCUACCCAUCCUCCCUGUCAGUCGACACUUCCAUGUCCAGGUUUUCUCAUCACAUGAUUCCUGGUCCUCCCGGUCCCCACACAACUGGCAUCCCACAUCCAGCUAUCGUAACGCCUCAGGUCAAACAGGAACACCCGCACACUGACAGCGACCUAAUGCACGUGAAGCCUCAGCAUGAACAGAGGAAGGAGCAGGAGCCCAAGAGACCUCACAUCAAGAAGCCUCUGAAUGCCUUUAUGUUAUACAUGAAAGAAAUGAGAGCGAAUGUCGUAGCGGAGUGCACCCUAAAGGAAAGUGCCGCUAUCAACCAGAUUCUAGGCAGAAGGUGGCAUGCCCUCUCUCGUGAAGAGCAGGCUAAAUAUUAUGAAUUAGCGCGGAAGGAAAGACAGCUACAUAUGCAGCUCUAUCCAGGCUGGUCUGCAAGAGACAAUUAUGGUAAGAAAAAGAAGAGGAAGAGAGAGAAACUACAGGAAUCUACAUCAGGUACAGGUCCAAGAAUGACAGCUGCCUACAUCUGAAACAUGGUGGAAAACGAAGCUCAUUCCCCACGUGCAAAGCCAAGGCAGCGACCCCGGGACCUCUCCUGGAGAUGGAAGCUUGUUGAACACCCAGACUGUCUCCACGGCUUGCCCAGUCGACCCCAAAGGAGAAAUGACACCAACUUCACCCUGAGGUCACUGCUAGAGACGCUGAUCCAUAAAGACAAUCACUGCCAAACCCCCUUUCAUCUACUGCGAGAGCCAUGUUCCACAAUAAAAAGCAUACAAGGUUUUUCAAAAGAAAAAAAGCACAUGAGCAUGCUAGCAGGCCCUGGGUCAGCUGAGCAGCUUUCCUCCCCCGUCUCCGCCGUGCACUUCCCAGAGCAUCCCGCCUCCAUACCUGUAACCUCCUGGCAAGGACAGUAACUUGGCUGCUUUUGCCUGCCCCGAGCCCUGGGAGCGGCCGCAGCACAGCCGUCAGCAUCCCGGAGGGAACUUGUGGAAGAGUUCCCUCUUUGUUUCUGGCUUCAUGUUUGUUUCUCUUUUCCUCAAGCUUUUAUUUAACAGUGCAAAAGGAUCAAUCUUGUUUGCUUCUUUUUUUUUUAAACUUGAAUUUUUUUAAUUUACACUUUUUAGUUUUAAUCUUCUUGUAUAUUUUGCUAGCGAUGAGCUUUUUAAGUAAAAUCGAAAGAUCUGGAAGAGUUUGAAAUAAAAACGAAAUGAAAAGAAGCCCUCUUCUUUUGAGGGAUAUCUUGUCCGCUAAGGGGCUUCUCGGUGAAUUACCUGUAAUAAUAGUAGCCUGUCUUUGUAAGGUGUCCGAUAGAGCUAAGUAAACUGUAACAGCCAGUCCACUCUGUGGGUAGCAGUUGGCAGUCCUCUUUCAUUUUAUUUUUCUUAUGAUCUCUUCUCUUUUUUUUAAAUGGUAAACCUUAACAGAUACUUUCAGCAGACCAGUUUGCAGUGAAUUUUCAUUUCUUUCCUUCUCACCCCCUUGUUGUAAAAAGCCCAGCACUUGAAUUGUUAUUACUUUAAAUGUUCUGUAUUUGUAUCUGUUUUUAUUAGCCAAUUAGUGGAAUUUUAAGCCAGUUGUUAAAAUGAGCAUUGAUGUACCCAUUUUUUUUUAAAUAGCAAGGCACAGCCUUUGCCCCAAACUGUCAUCUAACGUUUGUCAUUCCAGUUUGAGUUAACGUGCUGAGCAUUUUUUUAAAAAAGCUUUGUAAUAAAACAUUUAAAAACAA